AUGUCAAUGCGUCUUCCCUCUGCCGACGAGCUUGAACAACUCGAGGAUAUUGAAAAGCAAUGGGCUGUCAAGGCUAUGCAUCAUGCCGAGACCUAUUUCAAAUUAAUUUCUGCUAUCGAUCCUAGACAACUUCGUUUGACAAACAUUGACGACGAGAUCCUCAAGGAUUUUGAAGAGACUUUCCCCGAGAUUAAUGUCGAGCACUUGGAUGAGAAGGAUUUCAAGACUGCUGUCGCCAAGGAGAAGUGGAGAAAUUUCAUGAACAAGUAUGAAAAGAGAGUCAACGAAUACAACUUUGGAUCCUUGAUCCGCAUCGAUUGCAAAGAAGACUACACUGAGGAAAACACCAUGUUUGGUGUCCGCAUGCAGUUUUAUGCUGUUGAGAUUGCUAGAAACAAGAAGGGAUUAAAUGAUGGCUUGCGUAAGAAAUAG